UAAACUAAAAACAAGCGUGUAUUACAUGUUUAUAUUUACUAUUAAUAUUAAUAAAUGAUACAUGUAAAUGAUUUUCUGGCAUUACUCAGUCGAUUUAAAUCUUUAAACUUUAUAAAAUUGUGAGAAGAUACCAUGGCAUAUUAAUACUGAUAUAAGAUAAUACAUUGGCAAUUUAUUUUAAAAAUGACGUUCAAUGCAAGAAGAUUGGAGAUAGUAUUAAAGGAGGUGAACGCAGAUCUUGAACAUGAAGGUGUACUUACGGAAAGGUUGACGCAAGAUAUAUGGACUAAGUUGAUGUCAAACUUGAUGCAGGGCGAAUAUAUGAUGGCUGUUCCGAUAAGACAAGAGCUGCAGAUACAUAUAAGGAAGAAACGACCAGACAAAAUCUACACGUUCAAUCAAAUUAUACACAGGCUUGAUGAAAUCUUAGACAGAUAUAUCCCUCCACCUGAUCUGACAGAUAGGAAAAGGGAGAAGAAAGGAAAACAGAAACAAGUACAAAUAAAAGAACCAGUAGAACAUCUCCCUACUGUUGAAAAGGCUCCAGAGGCAAUGCAUGUGGUGGGUCAGAAAUCUCAAUGGCUUCACACGUUUACCCGGAAUAUGAAUGUACAGAUAGAGAGACAAGACGAAAGAACAAAAUCAAAUAGAGAAAUGGCAAUCCAAACUUCGAAAACAGUCUUAAACGAAGCCACCACACAGAUUAAAGGAGACACAUUCAUCGCCACAUCUAGGAAAGAUGAAUCUGUCGAGGCAGAUAAAGAGGAGAAGUACGAAGAAGACGAGAUUUCACGAGAACAGUAUUUUACGAUGCAAGCAAACGAAAGUGUUCUCAGGACAACAAUUGACGACCAGCAGAUGAAAAUUAAGAUUUUGGAAGAAUCUGUAACUCAGCUUGAACGAAAGAAUAUGACUUUAAUGGGCGAAAUACAAUCUAUCGGAACUGAAAAGGGUGAGAAGAUCGACGUGUAUAAUAAGGCGGAGAGGGAAAUAAAGUUUCUCAGAAAUGAGUUGAAGAUAAAGGAGAGAACAUUGCAACUGAGUUUGAUUGAGAGAAACGAGCUUCUUGAUAGGUUAAGCGCUGUAACGUCCACAAAAAUGGCAAAUGGAAACUCUAACACGACAGAACUUGGUGAGGUACUGCGUCCAACCCAAAUUGCUGACAAAUACUCAAAACUGUUUGACAGUGAAUGGACAGACGCGUUCCAUCUUCUAACACUGGAAAUGAAAGAAGAAAAAACUGUUAUACAAUGGUUGCUCGAGAUUCUACAGGAUUCAUACUGGUUUUGUGUCAACACAAACGAGUCACAUACGAAACUGCUUAUUGACAGUUUGCUUCAUCCUUUCAGACGGACGUCUGAAACAAAGGCUGCUGACCCGCAUUGGCUAGAUGAUUGUUCGAGGAAUCUUCUCACUAAUUUGAAGAGAUCGGCCGCAAAGGAUGUCGUGCCGCAGGUGCAAGUGCAAUUUUUCCAAACUAUGCAAAAAACAAAGAAGAUAUACUACGAGGACAAAACUGCAAAGAAACUGAUGUCAUACAUAGACAAAUGUGUAGAGUUAUCCUGGUUUAUGGUGAAUCAAGAUCCGCCUGUGUUUCUUGAUGAUAAACCUCCAAAAGCAGGUGACGAGUUGGACAGAGAUAUUUAUAGAUUUUACACAAAAUCUGGUUCAAAAGUAGACUUUUUGGUGUGGCCAGCAUUGUACCUUGCCAAAGGAGGAUAUUUAUUACUGCAAGGUGUUGCCCAACCCAAACAAGAGGGCAUUGCCUUGAGAAUUGCUUCAUCAAAGUCAGUUAGAUCAUAUAACCAUUUAAACUACGCGUAAAACGAGAAAAAUAUGUAUUAUCAUAAAUUAUUGUUAAAUAAAAAAUGUAUAUGUUGAUAGCAAGCAUGGCGAAAUCUACACCAGUAAUAAAGUUUUGUGAUGUCAUUUCUAUUGCGAAUUGUGCCUUUCACGGAUAUGUAAAUGACUUUUAGUGAAAUAAUGUAUGGCUUAGACAGUAUAUUGGAUUCUUGAAGAUUAGAAACUGCAAUAAAAGUUGAAUUAUUUAAACUAAGUACAUGUAAAAAGGUAAUGUACAAAUAAUAUGACAAAGGGUCUGUCAGACUCCCUUACAAAGGGUCUGUCAGACUCCCUUUUGCUUCGAAGAUAAAAUCUAUGUGCUUGAUAAA